AUGUGUGAUGGAAUGAAGUUUAGCGAUGAAUUAGAAACAAGAAUUAAGGCAAAGAUUAGAGAAGACUUGAGUCCUAGACAUGUUCCUAGCUUUAUUUUACCCAUUCGCGAUAUUCCGUAUACAUUAACUGGUAAGAAGGUUGAAGUUGCGGUGAAACGUAUAUUAUCCGGACAAAAGGUGGUUCCUUCGAGUUCAUUAGCAAACCCUGAAA